ACAGCAAACUUCUAAUUGUAAAGCAAAAAAUUUCAAGAUUCAGCGACGCUGGAUAUUCCUCACGCGAAAACUAUUAGGUACCUCUCCUAGGUACUUAUAAUAAUGACAUCCGAACUUAGCGCCCCGCCGGUCCUCUCGACGCCAGCCGAAUAUAUCUUCGAAGAUCCAACUCCGGCCUCUGCGAUCGCGCAAGGGAAGCGACCUCAUAGACCAGACUAUGAGCUCUACGAGGUUUACGAGAUAGUCCGAACAGCUAUCGAGAUCAAACAAAAUGGAUGGAAUCGGAUCGCAUUGCAGUUCCCCGAUGCCAUGUUGCCGGAUGCGCCCUGGGUUGUCAAUGCACUUGGCGCGGAACUGGACAAGAGGCAGGAAGAUGGACAAGGUCAAGAUCAAGGUCAAGAUCAAGAGCGACAGCGAAAACGAAGGUUAUAUAUCUUAGCCGACACAUCAUACAGCGCCUGUUGCGUUGACGAAAUCGCCGCGGAGCACGCAGAUGCCGAUGGAGUUGUACAUUACGGGCGCGCAUGCUUAAGUCCAACGUCGAGAUUACCGGUACUACAUAUUUUUACAAAACAGACGCUUGACUAUGCUUCUGUAACAACAUCGUUCGAGGCGGAGUUCCCAGAGAAAAUAGAGAAGGUCGUCGUCAUGGCCGAUGUCAUGUUCCAGGAGCAUGUAGCACCCAUAUGCGAAUUGCUAAGAGAAAGGGGAUAUAGUAAUGUUGUCGCGACCGAGAUUGUGCGUGAUCCAACUGGGACGAUACCAAAUCGUAAAGUUGUAUGGUUUGAUGCGCCGGCUGAGGAACAAGCCAAUUAUAAUCUGAAUGAAUAUCAUUUAUUCCACAUAUCCACACCUCCGACCUCUCUCCUCUUAACCCUCUCUUCCCGCCUCGCCUCUCUACGCAUAUACUCGACGCCUUCAUCACCAUACACGACAACGUCCGAAGUACCCGACCCGAGUGCGACACCCGGUCUCCUACGUCGCCGUUAUGGUCUUGUCAUCCGGCUAGCUACGGCUUCUAUCAUCGGAAUUCUGGUUAAUACGCUGUCUGUCAAGAACUACAUGUCCACUAUCUCCACAUUGAAAAGCCAAAUCGCAGCUGCGGGCAAGAAAAGCUACACGAUCGUGGUCGGCAAACUAAACGCGGCAAAGCUAGCCAAUUUUGCCGAAGUGGACGGCUGGGUUGUAGUCGGGUGUUGGGAGAGCGGACUGGUUGAACAAGAGGGCCUGUGGAAACCCGUAAUCACCCCCUUCGAGCUAGGUCUCGCGCUGCAGGGAGAUGAGAGUAGGGUUUGGACUGGAGAGUGGUGGGGUGGUAUCGAGGGCGUCGAAGCUGCCCCGGUCAUAGACAACAACAACAAUAACAGCCACCCAGAAGGUGGUGCCGAGCAAGGGAAAGACAAUAAUAUUACAGCCGAAAUUGAAGUUGAAGCGGCCGAGGGCGGUGUUAGUGACGAAGAGUCAGAAGCACCCGAAUUUGACCUCCGAACGGGCAAACUCGUUAGCCACAGUCGACCAAUGCGGGUGGCCAUACGGAGCGUGCCGCGAAGUGGACCCGAAACUAACGGUGUAGACCUGCUCCACGGUCAAAGCGCUGCGUCCGCGGCGAUCGUCAAGAGAGCGGUCGGAGACGUGGCUCUGGUUAACGGUGUAGCGAGUCCCGGGGCGGAAUUCCUAAGAUCACAGAGGACGUGGCAGGGACUUGGCACGGAGUUUGGUGCCGAGGAUGAUGGCGAGAGCACUGUUGUUGAAGAGGGGCGGAGCGGUGUUGCGAGAGGGUACACCGUGGGUCAAGAUCAGUUACGGACGUGAGCAUACUACCUACCUACCGCUUCAACCUAUCACUUCCAUCUACCGCUUCAAGUCAUUGUUAGUAGAAGGGACAGUACCACGCCUCUACUCCCAGAAGCUUGUAGUUUGAGCGGACGACCAAGCUAUUUCGACAGGCGGGAUGAUACAGAAUCAACUAUGAACAUUGAUCAUGUCUCUUGCUAUGGCUGAGGAGCCGAUGCUAUAUUUACCAUUCUUUAUGAAUAUAUGUAUGGGCUUCCAUGUCAAGCUUUAUCUGAGGAUAUCAUCUGAACGGUCUCAUGCAAGAGGCAUUGAUUGUCUCGGAUACUAGAGACAUACCGAUGCAUAGGAUAUGUAGACUUAUCGUCCUCCAUAUUAUUUUACAGUAACAU